UCAAACAAUGCGAGCGGGCAUACCCCGGAAAUGCACAUGGUACUGGCGGAAGUAAGCGCGCAAUAACGCGCAUUCCUGAAAAGGAGCUCGCGCUGGGCGCGUGGGGUUUGGUGUUAGUGAGUGCGGGUCGGUUAUCAGGAAGUUGGGGUUUGUUUGUUUUCCAUUUGGCAGCGGUUUACUGCGGCUACAAUAAGACGCGUGAAAUGUAAUUUCCAACAGAAUUAGUGAGUAGUGUUGGUGUGUGUGUGUGUGUGUUGUAGCAGCCGGUGAGGUUGGUGUGUGUGUGUGUGUGUGUGUGUGUGUGCUGUAGUAGCAGCAGCAGCCGGUGAGGUUGGUGUGUGUGUGUGUGUGUGUGUUGUAGCAGCCGGUGAGGUUGGUGUGUGUGUGUUGUAGCAGCAGCAGCAGCCAGUGAGGUUGGUGUGUGUGUUGUAGUCGGUGAGGUUGGUGUGUGUGUGUGUGUGUGUGUAGCCGGUGAGGUUGGGGUGUGUAGCCGGUGAGGUUGGGGUGUGUGUGUGUGUGUGUGUGUUGUUGGGGUGUGUGUGUGUGUUGUAGCCGGUGAGGUUGGUGUGUGUAGCCGGUGAGGUUGGGGUGUGUGUGUGUGUUGUUGGGGUGUGUGUGUGUGUGUUGUAGCCGGUGAGGUUGGGGUGUGUGUGUGUGUGUGUGUGUGUUGUUGGGGUGUGUGUGUGUGUGUGUUGUUGGGGUGUGUGUGUGUGUGUGUUGUAGCCGGUGAGGUUGGGGUGUGUAGCCGGUGAGGUUGGGGUGUGUAGCCGGUGAGGUUGGGGUGUGUAGCCGGUGAGGUUGGGGUGUGUAGCCGGUGAGGUUGGGGUGUGUGUGUGUGUGUGUGUGUGUGUUGUAGCCGGUGAGGUUGGGGUGUGUAGCCGGUGAGGUUGGGGUGUGUAGCCGGUGAGGUUGGGGUGUGUAGCCGGUGAGGUUGGGGUGUGUAGCCGGUGAGGUUGGGGUGUGUAGCCGGUGAGGUUGGUGUGUGUAGCCGGUGAGGUUGGUGUGUGUGUGUUGUAGCCGGUGAGGUUGGUGUGUGUGUGUGUGUGUGUGUGUUGUAGCCGGUGAGGUUGGGGUGUGUAGCCGGUGAGGUUGGUGUGUGUGUGGUGUAGCCGGUGAGGUUGGUGUGUGUGUGUGUUGUAGCCGGUGAGGUUGGUGUGUGUGUGUGUGUGUGUGUGUUGUAGCCGGUGAGGUUGGGGUGUGUAGCCGGUGAGGUUGGGGUGUGUGUGAGAGCUCAGGAGGAAGAGAGUCAGUAUGAUGCCGCUGUCCUGCAGUGAGUGAUGAUGGCAGCAUGGCAGACUCGCCUCCUGAUUGUCCCACUCCUUACUCUGCACAUCUCCUGGCUCCUUCCUCACGCUUCACUUGGAGUGACUGUCAAGUGCUGGUGGCGUAAGGUUUCACCCAUCGGCCACAAUGUGACUAUCGAGUGCCAAGCAGAUCCUCAGGGACCUAUUCUGGAGUGUGACUUGUGUCGCCUGCGCGUGCUUCCUCAGAAACCGGCAGCGCACAUCUCUCAGACUGGGUGCAGCCACACGAGUGUGAGCUUCAGCGCACUUAUAGAUGCACGUGAAAUGCAGAACGCAGACUGCACCCUGCUCUGUCCAGAACACACACCUUUGCCUUGUACGGUUCAGAAUGGCUAUCCUCCUCCCAUUUGCUUAAUUCCAUUUGGUGAUGCACAUGAUAUCCAUUGCCACUGGACUGGAUCACGCAACUCCUUGAUCCCAACCAAUUUCACCCUCCACUGGAAUGAGGCUGGUGAAUUUGGGCACAGUGGCAAUAUAGAUGUAGGGAAGAGUGACAGUGGCAUUAUUCCACGUGCUAAUUACUCAGCGUACGGAUCGACGAAUAUACAUAUAUGGGUUUCUGCAGCAAAUGCACACGGGAAAACUGAUUCAGAAACCCUCGUGACGAACACGCGGAGUAUCUUUCAGCCAGCCACCCCUUCCAUCACCAAUCACAGUCAUAAACCCUUGGAGAUUUUUUGGAAUGUGUUGAACACAGGAGGAGACGCCGAACUAUGGCAGUGUAAGGUCCAAUACAAGAGGCAGUGUGAUCCAUACUGGACCAAGGUUGAGGGCACUUAUGAGGUGAGCUGUAUAUUAGAAAAUGCUGUGCCGUUCACCACAUACAAGUUCCGUGUUUGCUGUAAGCAUGCGUCUGACGAGAGAGCAGUGAUGAGUAACUGGAGCGCAGAGUACACUGCUGAAACUCCUGCUGCAGCUCCACUGGGAAUGCUUGAUGUUUGGAGUGACUGUGAUUCUACUUCAUAUGAAUCCAAGUGCACCCUCCUGUGGAAGGACAUGCCCAUGCAGCAGGCAAGAGGCAACAUCGACAGCUAUGUGGUGACCAUGAAACUGAAAAAUGGCUCCGUGUUGAACAUAAGUGGAUUAGUGUACAUGUCUGCAGAGACGUGUGCACAGUAUAGAUUGGACAUGAUUAGAAAAGAACCAUCAAACUUGGCCUCACUUGCUCAACUGAGCUACCCGAGAUGUCAGGAGCAGGAUCAAAGCUGUUUUCAUUACUACCAUCUCAGUGUUCCAGUGGUGAUGGUGAAGGACAUUGGACUGACCGCUACCGCAACAGGGGGCAAGUCAAGCCCAGCACUUGUGGCAUUACUCAGCACUUGUCUGCUGCAAUCACCUGUGAAGUUGAAGGUCAGAGGGAAGAGUGAGGAGCUAAAUGUAGCCUGGACAGUGCAUUCUCCAUUCUCUGACCGUGUACAGGAAUAUGUGGUGCAGUAUAAACCAACAGGACUACCUCACACCCCAUGUCUGAACUGGAUCAAGGUUAAAAACCAGACAGAUGUUACGCUCAGAGGUCCAUUGUCAAACUACACAGCCUACAACGUAUCUCUGUUUGCGAUUGUCAACAACAGCAGCUGUUUACUCGGGUCUACCAUUGCCUACACCGUUGAAGGAGUGCCACCAGAAGUCACAGACUUCCAGGCUAUACUUACCUCUCAGUUUAGUGUAAACUUGACAUGGACACCUAUUCCACUGAAUCAGAGCCAAGGACAUAUUGUGCAAUACGUAGUGGGCUUCUGUAAUGGUGUCAAUGUGUACAACGUGAGCAGCAGUCAGAGCAGUUACCAACUCUAUAAUCUGAAUCCUGACCAACAGUAUGAAGUGUGGAUCAGCGCCAAGACGACUGCUGGAGAGGGAAAGAGGACAACUGUCUCUUUCACCACAACUUCACCUGAUAACCUUACCCAAAUAGUGCUGGGCAUGAUUGUAGUCGCUUUUGUCAUACCUCUAUUCAUAAUCAUUUUGGUUGUGUUGUGCUGUUCGAGGACCAAGAUAUCCGAAAGGUUGUCCAAAAUUCCGGACCCCACCAACAGCACUUCAUUUAAACAGAUGAGCAAUCCAGGCAGAGUGAAUUUCUGGCAGUCAUUGCCUCCUCCUUCAAACCCCAUGGAGAAUAGUCUAAUCAUCUCUCAGGUGGAAGUAGUUCCUGAGCCAGAAGUUAAUCAGGAACCCGAGGUGGAGCAGCCAGAGGAGCUCAGAGAAGACGGACAGAGCAGAGGAAAAGAGCUGCAAGGAUAUGGGGGGUUGGAGCGGAACAAUUCCAUACUACGUCAGCAGAAAGAAUACAGCCAGAUGAUUGACAGCAGUGAUGAGGAGGCCAAUGAAGAUGAGGAGUGGAACGAGCAGUCCUUUCCUUCUGACUAUGAGAAACAUUUCUUGCCCUGCACUGUGGAUCAGUGAUUCUUCUUUUGCAUCUGGGAUGGAGAUUAUGACCUGUUAUAACUUUUUUGCUGUAGAUUUAAAAAGUCAUGGUCGCACUUUUGGGUUGUCUUGAACAUUUAAUACAGUCCAAAAUGUUUUGUGACCAGCAUCAGGAUAAUCAGCCAUGAUCAUGAUGGCAGCUGACUCAGGAAUCAUUAAAGGAGAGAUGCAGGACCUUUUUUUUUUUUUUUUUUUUUUUUUUUUAAAUACAUUUCUAGUAUCUCCAUCCUUGACUCUUGUAUGCUGCAUAAAUGGGAAUUAAAAUAUAUUUUUGAGAGUUAAAAUCAACCGCAAAGUUGGCAUUCGAGCUGAGCCAGCCAGCCCUGAGUGUGUGACGUCACAGCAGGAACCGGUUUUAAGGUUGAGACCUUUGACAGCAAUAGACCAAAGUCAUAUAAAUAAAAAUUUAUGUUGAAAGUAAGAAAUAGCAUUACCGACUUGCUCAACUAAGACUGAUAUGACUUCAUUGAUUGUGGGUUGACUCUUAUUAAAACAGGAUAGGUGUUAUAACUUCUGCAACGUACAUGCAUGCAUUUUCACUGAUUAAAACGUAAAAGGCUAAUUAAAUAAUCAGAUGAACUGAGACAAUCACAUUCUGAAGCGAAUUAAAUAAUCUUAUACCGGUAACUUAACACACAAUACAAGUUACAUGUAUUAAUCUAAAUGCAGGUAAACAUGUUGUUUUGUAUCCAAAUGAGAGUCGCAUCUUACCCGUCUGUGUUCUCACUUCUUGAAGGCCGAUGUUGUGGCCGAUUGCUUUGAAACAAUCUGACUUUCAGUUGUUCGUUCAGUUCUCUGUUCAUUCGCUUCUUUUACGUAAGGGGGAGAUAUUGCUGCUGAGGCGAGCAUAUCCAGCGGAGAAAUCAAACAGCUGGUCCACUCAUUCUCCAUUUUCUCCAUACAGAGUACUCCGCCAUUACUGCUCAGCUCAGGCAAUUACUAAAACCCGGGACGGGAUGUCACCAGUUUUAGCAACAACCGUGGGGAGGUAGCUGCCUGAGCGAUAUGUCAUGUCCUGUUCCAUCCCAGGUUUUAGCAACAACCCUUGGCAAAUGAACUUUCCUUUAAAAAUAAAUUACUAAAAUAAA